AGAGAGUGUUGGUGUGAGGAGAGAAGAAGGUUGUGUCCAUGUGUGGGUGGCGAUGCGUGCGUCCGUGCGCAGUGCGGCUGGCGUGCAGCAUCAGCUGAUACUCCUGUAGGCUGCGGGGGACACCACGCCACGGCUAACCUAUGACAGCUGCUCCUGAGACAGGAUGUGGGAACUGGAGGACUUCACUGAGAUUCGCAGGUGGUAUGCGCUGCAUCUCCUGUUGUGUGUCACUUUUUUUAUAUCGGGCGUGAUAAUCAAUGCUGUCCAGUGUCUGUUGUAUGUCACACUGAGGCCCUUCAACAAACCUCUCUAUUGCAACAUCAACUACUACCUCAUGUAUUCGCUCAUGUCCCAGGUGUUAUUUUUGGCUGAAUGGUGGUCGGGGUCAGAUGUACGCGUGUUUACAUCAGAUGAAUCAUUCCAAAAAUGGGGUAAUGAACAUGCAUUAAUUAUCAUGAACCACACCUAUGAAGUGGACUGGCUGAUGGGAUGGAUUAUUGCUGACCGUUCUCACACUCUUGGGUCUGCAAAGGUGUUUGUAAAGAAAAUGAUGCAGUAUGUACCAACAAUAGGAUGGGCUUGGCGUUUUUCUGACACCAUCUUCCUUAAUAGAAAUUGGCAGGAGGAUAAAACAAUCAUGCAGUCUCAAAUAAAAGAAUUCUUUGACUACCCAUAUCCAGUUUGGAUGCUGCUUUUUGCUGAGGGGACAAGGUUUACACCAGCAAAACACGAAGCAAGUAUGGAGUUUGCUCGCAAGAGAGGUCUUCCAGAGUUGAAACGACACCUGAUCCCUCGCACUCGAGGCUUUAUCCAGUGUGUACAGUCACUCCAAGGAAAUUUCCCUGUAAUUUAUGAUGUUACUGUUGGGUUUAACACUAAAGAGGGUGAAGAGCCAUCAUUACAUAACAUGCUUCGAGGCAGGAAGGUAAUGAGCGAAGUGUAUGUACGGCGUAUUCCUUUGGACGAAGUUCCUGAUGAUGAAGAAAGUGCCUCUAAAUACCUUCAUGAUCUAUACAGGACAAAGGACCAGUUAUUAGACAGCUACAUUAAUACGGGAAGUUUCACUAAGGAGAAUGACCUUCCAGAGUACUCCAGUCGCCCAAUGCCAAGGAGAUUGUAUUCACUCCUAAACAUGAUCGGAUGGGCCUCAUUUGUUCUCUCUCAGAUACUUAACUUUUAUUACAACCUCAUAACAAGUGGCUCACUACUCUCAAUAUCGUUUGCCGUUGGCAUUGCCAUCUUUGCCUACCUGAUGUUAUACAAGAUGAUUGGCUUGACAAAAAUUGACAAAGGAUCCAAGUAUGGAAGUACAGGAAGCAAGAAGCGUGAUUAAUGUAACUAUACAUGGUAAUGUUUCCAUGAAGUACGCCUACAAUGUUAUCAAGAUAGUUAAUACAUAGGUUUUGGUUUAUUCUUUACUUUAAAUAUCAUAGUAGGCAUAAUUUGAGUUUAGGGGUAAUUCCGUUUUUUUUAUUUAAUAAUACGUUAUUUUAUUUGCUUUGCACCACCAUGAGUUAAUAACUAUGGUACUGUAUAUAAUUUUGUUUCUUAGUUUUUCAUGUUAAUUCUUCAAUAGAUUUUUAUCAUGAUUUUUAGAUCAAGUUCUUUAAUCAUUGCUAGGUACUGUAGGUAGUAGGCUGACAUGCAGCACACACUCACUUGGUGGUUAUAAAAUUUAGUCCUUGGCUACCUUUUAUCAAAUUCCAUACAAACUUGUUAAUAAAUUUUCAAAACACCGAUGCAGUACGUAGCUUGCAGUUGGAGUUUUAGCAAGUGUUCGAGGUGUGGUAAUGUGUGAUUGUGGAAUCGUAGCUGCCAUGUUUAAUAAGAGAGUAGCACCUCACGUUGUACUUACAAAUUAGGCAUUUCUUUUUUAUUUGCGGAAAGUUUACAAUGAAGGAAGGCAAGAUUUUUCACGCAACUUUUCUGCAGAUUGUUUUAAAACUUGUGAAGUAUAUUGUUGAAUACUUAAUAGGAAGAUGUAUUAUAUUUUGUAACUGAUGAUUGUGUUAGGCGUAUCAUCUCGGUACAAAUAAUAUCCAAUGAAGAAAUGUGUUGAUAAAACUUAAGAUGGUUACAAGAUCAAAAUACAUGAGCUCAGUAAUUACCUUUAAGUCCAUCACAACUCAUCACAACCACUUAUGUUAAAUGCCUAGUUUACUGUUAGGUGUUGGCGUGAAAUGGAAAAGGGCUUUUAUUUAGUGUCUACCUACGCAGCGGACAGCUAUUAUGAACAUAUUUAUGGACUCCAGUAUUACUGUUUUAGGCACACUUUUCAAAUCCAUACAAAUUCACACUGCUGCACUGGUUGUAUUAGUGAACUUAGAGUUGCUAGUAGAAUUUGAGCAAAGCUCACUUGAAGGUUGGCGGAGUAGGACAUGGUUCAUUCAGUACAAGGGAGAGAGACCGGUCAGCCUUGGAGCACCUGAGGGCAGCCUAUUAGAGAUGUAUUCAUGUGGAUGAUACAAUGCAGGAUACAUUACUGUUUAUGUUGUCUACAUGGGUAUGCAUGUACUUUUGUGUGCAUUUAAAAAAACAGAUAUUUACUAAAUAGGGUGAAUUUCACUUUUUAUUUUUCUAAAAAAAAAAAGAAACCUUAAUUACCAGGUGAAAAUUAUUUGAUCACAAGCAUGAUUACAUAAUUAAACACAACUAAAUGAAUAAUAUUUACAAUAAAGUUAAACUAGCAGCCUUGUCUAACUUAGCCUAAUUUUAUGAAUUUUGAAAUUGAACGAUAAACAGCAUAUAACUAUGGCAGAGAACCCUUGUACACCAGAACUUGAGUUUUCAUCAAACUGUAGAACAUUAGCGAGGCAUCAAACUUGCCCAUGUUAAGUGCAAGCUGUCAGUGCAUCAUGUUAAAACAAUGACAGUAUUAUGCUGUAAUACUUACUCUAAAAGUUUUGAAAGCACUAAAGGAUGACCUCAUUCAUGUUGAUGAUUGUGACAUUGAUGGCUGUGUGGUGGUGGUGCAGGGUUCUGGCACAUAGGCCAUAGCCUAUGUGGCACAUUGUGUGCCACAGCUCCAUGACAUCUCCCACAGUAAAUACAGUUACUUUAAUUUUGUUACCUUCCUGUAUAUUAUCUUCUCUACAUAUGCCCACCUACUAAAAGAGCUCUCGUACAAUUCUUAGUGCAAGCAAGCAGCAGCUGGUGUGUGUGCCUGAGAGCCAGAUCAGCACUUAUAAACAGUUAGCAUGUCUGGGAAAGCUUCCCUAAGAGGUCUUCCUAACAGGCAGUGGUGUGGGAGAGGGGGAGGGGGGAGUUGUGUUGCCUAUGGGAACAAGGGUGUCAGGCAUAGAUAGGCAGCUAUAAUUAUAUGGAUUUGUGAUACAUGGAUCAUCAAAUACAUCAUGGUCACAGUGAAUACUGUGGUGACUAUGUAUAUAUGUACUGAUUUCAGUUAAUAUUUAGAUAGGAGACCUGAAUAUAUAGCAUUUAAUUAUAAUUGUGGUUGAUAUGGUUGACAGACAGUAGAUUGGUGAGUACAGAAGAGGGUACGAUACUGGAUGCUUUGGAUAGUAAAUGUACAUGGUAAUUAAAUAUUGGAAGAGGAACAUAACAGGACAUUGAUAUGGAGUUAGAAAUUGUAAUCUUUAACAUAUCCAAAUUUUGAACAUGGACUAAUUAUUUCAUUUGCAAAUUAUUUCAUACUAAUAAUUUUUGCUUUGAGUUUGCAUAAAUUAAGCCUCACACAAGUUUAAUAAAUAUUUGUUUCUCAUGCAAAUGUCCUUGAGUUCCAUUAAAACUCACUAGGAAGAUUGUAAGGCUUGAUUAGUAUUUUGGUUUAGGAUCUUGAUAAUGUAGCCUUAUUUAAGGCUCAAAUAUGGUUAUCAAAAUUGUCACUGCACAUGUACAGAAAGUCUUUUUUUUUAAAUGGUGAUAUGUAUUCAAAAGAAUGGAAAGUGCACAAAAAUAUAUCGACCUUAAUUUUGGCCCGGGCAGUGUCAACAUUCCUUUUUGGCACUCAACACCAUUACUCUGUGAUGGAAGUCAGGACAAAGUAAGGAAUCUGUAGACGAAAAUAAAGAAUACUAAACUGAAUAUUCUGUAUGCAGUGAAGAUCUUUGUUGGCCUAGACAAGUGGUAGGCUGAUAUAGUGGAGAAUUAAGAGCUGCAUUGUAUCUGACUAAAUUAUCUUGUGGCCUCUGUGAUUGCUUGGAGAUACCAUUGAGCUUUUGGAACUGUAAAGACAACAUUGGUAUCUAAACAUUGAAACAAAACAUAUCAUCCAAUUUUUUUUUUAUUCUGUACUGUUGAAUAGUCCAAUAUUCCCAUUUUGAGGGUUAACACAUUAUCUUGAUCCUCAGGCUGGAUUUAUUGUACUUCCCUGUCAAUACUAUACAACCUUUUAUUUAUUUUUUAUUUAAGAGUCCAUUUUUCUGUAAAAAAAUGUACAUUUUGUCAGAUUUUUGUAUAAUUAAUGUCACAAUGCAUUGGGGAUUCUUAGGCAUAAUGGCUUAAGAUUUACUGUUUAUAAUUAUGUAUACUACACUAUGAGGAAUGAUGGUGAAUUUUCCAAAGGCCAAACUAAUACAUAUUGCAUUGCUGUUUGAGUGAUAGUGUUGAAUGGGAGCUAGAGUUCUCGGUAUUUUAUAUUCUCUGGUGUAGGUAAAGUUACGUUGUCGAAAAUCAAUUACAAAAUUUAUUUUAAAAGAUCAUGGUAAAUUUGGUUACAUAUUGGUGAAGUUCAUGAAGUUUUCACUUAUCAGAAUACUGUACGUACAAGUGGUUAAUGGUAUAUUAACAAGCAUUAUUUUUAUUAUUAUAUGUGUACACGUAUACACAAAUGUACCCUCAUAUGUACACCCACUCACUUGUACACACACACAAGCACACAAGACCUGGGCUGUGAGGACAAGCUCAAGGAAUGUACCUACAAACACUAGGGAAGAAGAUCCAGGCAAGUAAAGACUUACUGUACAAGAUACUGUACUGGGAAACGAAGUGUGUAAAAUAAGACUGUUCCUGAGGAGAAUUAGGACCAGGAUGCAGUUGGAAACUGGAAACAAAUCAGAGAUGUGAAAAUGUACUCCCUUCAAUGUAUACAAUGAAUGAACUGAGGGAAGCAGUCGAGGAUAAUUCUUUCCUUGUCUUUAAAAGUAGAUAUACUGUAAUCUUCAGUAGUGGAUAGUAGGUUGUGGCAGAUUUCCAAGUACUGUACUGUAAUGACAUUGGCCCCAUCAUGAUCCUCUUCACCAAUAUGCACAUUCAGUAUGGAAAGAACACUGGUCCACACAUCCUCAACACCAAACGUAUCAUGCCAAAUACUUCACACACAAACAUGUUCUUUAAAGAUUUUAGUUUUUGACUCUUGUUAAUUGUAAAGUGUAUUGUUGUACAUACAGCAUUACAAGACUAAGGCCUUCAACAUGUUAGUGUCUUGUUACUCAACAAAUUCAAGUUAUAAAACAGUUUAAAAAUAAUGACUCGUGUAAACAUAAAUUAAUAAUUAUUUGAUUGCUUAAGUAGUAAUUUGCAUUAAAGUGUUCAAACAAUGUCCUUGAUACAUUUGUAGUGUCUAAACAAUGCCCUGGAUUUUCAGUGUCCAAACAAUGCCCGAUACAAUCGUAGUAGCCAAACAAUGGCUUGGAUACAUUUGUAGUGUCCAAACAAUGUCCUGGAAACAUUUGUGGUGUCUAAACAAUGUCCUGGAUACAAUCAUAGUGUCCAAACAAUGGCUUAGAUAUAAUUGUAGUGUUCAACCAAUGUCCUGGAUGCAAUCAGUGUCCAAACAAUGUCCUGGGUAUUUUGGCAGUGUCCAAACAAUGUCCUGGAUAUAUUGGUAGUGUCCAAACAAUGGCUUGGAUACAUCGGUGGUGUUAAAACUAUAUCCUGGAUACAUUUGUAUUGUUGAAACAAUGGCUUGGAUACAGUCGCUGUAUCCUAGGCAUUCCUUGGACACUGGUAGUCUUGAAUAUCACCAAGUGUUUGUGUACAUUCCACUCGGGUACAAACUGCUGAAUGAGGCUGACGAUACCAUCUAUGAGCUGGAUUUUGACUGGGGGUCAGAGUAGAGAGAGAUGUGUUGAAUCUUUAGGCUGUAGUGAACUCUCCUGCCAUUCUGUACCCUCUCAUUUUAGUGCUUUUCCACCACUGGGGCUGAUCCUAUGUGCAGAUGAAAUACUAAAACAUGAUUAUAAUGGCUAUGGUGUAAAGUUUAAUAAUGCAAGGCAGCUAAUGGAAUAAAGAAAAAUGAUAAGGAAUUAUAAUUAAAAAUACAGUAUUCAAAAUGGAAAAGCAAUAUUAAUGCUUGCUAUUUUUUGUUGUUGUUGUUAACUGAACUUUGAAAUGUGUAUUAUUAAGGAAGAUAUUACCACAGACUUUAAAAGGUAAAGUUUUUGCUAAAAUUAUUUUUGAAGUAUUCCAUUACAUAAUAGUUUUAAGUGCUCGUAGAAUAAUGGUUCAGACCAGUAAUUUUCUGCAAAUUCCUCACGCCAUCUCUUAGAUGUGUUUGAAAAAUACAUUGUCAACGUAGUAAAGGAGCUGGUUAAGUAGCAGCUCUAUCAACAUGUUAUACAAGAGUGUGUGUAACAUGCAGAGCGAUUUGUUAUGAGGGCACUUGAAGGGCAGCCGUAAUCUAGUCUUGUGUUGUCUUUACUAAGCAUUCUUCAAAGAGGGUCAAAACUGGCAUGAUGUUAUUUUUUUGUUUUCUUCACAAAAACAACUGUCUUACAGUGUAAAGAGACACUUAAUUUAUGUUCCCUGCGACUGUAAAUAUUUUAUACAUAUUAAAAUUUCCACAUUGUUGCCCA